GAAGAUCCAGUGGCACAAACCACUACCGGAGGAGAUAAGCAAGGCCUUUGCGACUUGACGUAAAGAGAUGAACGCCGUCGGACAUUUUCGAUGUCCUCGCCACUACUGGUGGAUGCUAGUCAGGCAGCAUUUGCAGCGGUGGCCUAUGGGAGGGUGACCUAUGAGGACGACGGAGUUCUGGUGAGCUUCGUGUGCGCAAAAACGAAGUGUGUGCCCAUGGGGCGCCCAGGGCUGGACCUACAGGCAGCAGUUCUUGGAACCAGGCUCAUGAACACGAUCAAGGAGGAGCACAGUGUGGUCAUCUCGGACCUAGUGCUAUGGACGGACUCGAAGACGGUGCUGAGAUGGAUCGGCAGCAGGCACCGCCGUUAUAAGCAGUUUGUCUGCAACCGAGUGGCGGAGAUUCUGGAUAUGUCAAAGAUUUCGCAGUGGAGAUGGGUUCCUACAGCCGACAAUGCUGCGGAUGAUGCGACGCGGUCUCAGAGAGGAGUCGACCUUAGCCAGGAUUCAAGGUGGCUAAGAGGUCCUGCGUUUUUGAGGCAGACAGCAGCCAGCUGGCCGGAGCCUGAGCAAGGAACUAAACGGAUUCCAGAUGUCCCGGAUGAAGAAGAGAUGCCCAGUGAAUUUGCGUUAGUUGCGGCAAACGAUUUCGUACUCCCGUUUCAGAAAUUCUCGAGCUUCAAUCGCCUGGUGAGGACUACAGCCUGGGUCUUACGGUUUGCGCGCCGGUGCCGCAAACAGAAAAGCGAUCUCGAGGAAUACGGCCAUACUGCAGCAGAAUGUGAGGCCGCGGAGAACCUGUUGGUCAGACAGGCACAACUGGAGUGUUUCCCCGACGAGAUAAGGUCUUCAGAAGCUGGAAAGGACGUCGCUAGCUCGAGCGACAUUUUAGGGUUGGUGCCCUACUUGGACGAGCACGGGAUUCUGCGAGCCUACAGCAGAAUCGAUGCCGCACUGUGCAUGCCGUACAGUGCGAGGAGGCCCAUCAUACUGUCACACAGGCACAGUCUGACGGAGCUGAUUGUGCGACACUUCCACGCCAGGAUGAUGCACCAAAACGUCGAUGUUACAAUUGCGGAGAUCCGGACGAGAUUCUGGGUCACGAAGAUGAGGCGUGUGAUGAGGAGUGUCAUCGCAUCGUGCAACGAGUGCAAGUUGCAGCGAGCUUGGCCGAUGCCGCCAAUAAUGGGACCCCAAUCAGAGGAGAGAUUGGAUGCGGGUGGAUGGUCAGGGAAGCCAGACGCUUUGGUGACGUGUUUAGAGAUCGAGAUUCAGGGUAAGUUCUCGAGCAGAGAACGCGUCUGAGGGCGGAGUAUGGGAGCGCAUGGUGCAGUGCGUUAAACGAGUACUGCGUCAUACCCUGAAGGAAGUUGCGCCGAGAGACCACGUACUGGAGAGUUUCCUGAUUAAGGCGGAAAAUAUUGUCAACUCGUGUCCGCUUACCCACUUGCCUGUGGAUGCGGACGGGGAGGCGACGUUGACACCUAAUGACCUACUCAAGGGAGUGGCCAAUCUGCCGGAUACGCCUGGAUUGGAUUCGUCGGACAUUUUCGAUGUCCUGGAAGAAGUGUUCUACGAAAAAGCCUGCUACGAGACCGUUUUUGGAGGAGGUGGGUCCUGAAAUAUCUACCUACGCUGGUGCGCCGCGAGAAGUGGUGCCGAAGAAUCGAAGAUCGUCUGCGAUCCUGCCUUGGCCCGACGAGAGUGGUGGAGGAGGUCUACAGCGGAGCUGAUGGAGUCAUCAGACGCGCUAAGGUGCGCGUGAACGACAACGGCCAAUCGAAGACAAUGAUGCGACCCGUCUCUAAGCUUGCAGUUUUGGAUUAGAGUAAAGCGGUUCUUCACGGGGUCCGGGAUGUCCCGGAUCGAACAUUGUAAUCGAUAGUUUGAUUUUUAUUUAUCUUUGCAUUGUGAACUAGUCCGAAUAUGUUAGGAUUAUUAGCCAAAAUGUGUGCGGGCACACUGAUUGUCGCCAUCGCAAGUUUUCAAUAAGCCGGGGAAACUUAUCAUUUUUCAUUAUCGCGCGAAAGUUUGGAGGACACACUGCGAAUAAAACGAGCCUACUGCCUCGGAUUAAUUCUGCCCUUUCUUUCGGGAUCCACGGUGGAGUAGCCGUUUAAAGGCAACUUCGUUCGCGCGACGAUAAUAUAUUUAAACAUAGUUCAACAUCGUUUAAUCGAUAUUGUCAAUCAUCGAUAAACGAACAGAUACAGAACUAGAUCAUAGGAACAACUUGCAUGUUUUAACAUAGGAAUGAUAUGUAAAGCGAAUUAAGAACAGUCAUGAAUAAACAACCGUGCAAGACACUACAAUAUAUAUUUAUA